ACACAACACCUAGUACUAGCUUUAACUGCACUAUGUAGUUUAAAUUAAUAAUAUUAAAUUAUACUUAACCUAACUAUAACCUAUUCGCCCUGGAUCCUAGAGUCACUGCUGGCCGCAGUGCGCAUGCGCAACAAAGUGUCCCGGCUAGCAACGUAAUCGCGUGUGUUGUGAAAAGUUUCUCGCUACUUGAUUCGUAUAAAAAAGGAGAUAAAGGAGAAAUUUGGAACCAAAGAGAGAUUAGUAGAGAUUUGGUCGUAAUUUUUAUGAGUUAAGAUAAAACUAGUCAGUAUGAACGGUCGUAUCGCCCCAAGCAAAUCGACUGUUUACGUGUCAAAUUUACCAUUCUCCUUAACCAACAAUGACGUACAUCAAUUGCUGGAAAGUUACGGGAAAAUUGUCAAAGUAACAAUAUUGAAGGACAGGGUAACUCGUCGUAGUCGCGGCGUUGCUUUCGUGCUAUUUCUUAAACCGGAAGAUGCCGUGUCCUGUGCGAAAGCUCUCGAUAAUACGGAGAUACUUGGUCGCACUCUAAAAAGUUCAAUAGCGGUCGACAAUGGUCGCAGCACCGAAUUCAUACGUCGUAGAGAUUAUCCUGACAAGUCACAGUGCUACGAAUGUGGGCAGGCAGGACAUUUGUCAUAUCGCUGCUGCAACAACUCGUUAGGUCCUAGGGAACCGCCAGGAAAAAGAAUUAGGAUGCGAAAGAAAAAUGUCAAACAAGAAAAGUUCGACCCAAGUUAUUUUGAUAGCGAUAGUGAUGAAGCGAUAAAAAAACCAAAAUGCACAAUCGAUGACGUCGAUGAUGACACGGAAGAGGAGCCGGAAACAUUAAGUGCCGUUAUUGCAUUUGAGCAAAGACUGUUUGAAAGGGAUCAUAGAGAAACAGACAAACACGAUAGAAAAGAAAUUUUGACUGUACCAAAGAAACGUUAUAAAAAGAACAACUAUUUUAGUGACGAAGAGGAUUUUAGUGAAUAACGUAUAUAUGAUGUAAAAUUGUAUAAAAUCUCCAAAGUAUUAGGUAUACGAGUAUAUAUAUUGAUUAAUAUAUAUAAAUAUAAAGUUAUCGCUUUUGUUUUUAAAGUACAAAACUUUCCAAACUAUAAUAAAAAAUACUCUCCAAAUAUAUUCUUAAUGUAAUUUUACUGUCAGCAUAGGAGUAUUAAUCAAAUAUUCUUAACAUAUUUCGAGAUAGAGUGUCUUUCUCACAUAAGCUUUGAACUUAACAAACAAGUUUGAAACUUAUCAAGUAAUAAUUACAAUGGUAUUGAAUGCAAUUUUUUAUAUAUAUGUAUAUACACAUACACAGUAUGUCCCAGGUUAAUCGAUACUCAUCCGUUUUAUAAAAGAUAAUGAGAUCUUAAAAAAUUAAUUUUUUCUUUUUUCUAAUUAAAAUUAAACUCAAUUUUUCAGUAUUUGAAAUAUUGAAUAUUAGCCAUUUUGACAAUACAACACAAUCCAAAUUUAAAUCUUUUGUUGAGGAAGAAAUUUAAAGAACAGUAUACGUUUAUUUGUGCUGUUAAGAGAUAAUUGGCAAUUAGCAAUCAUUUAUUUUUAGUCGUGUAUAAUCCAUGCUGUUUCUAAGAAAAACUUGAUCUCAAGUUGCUCAAAGAACAGAUCGUAAGAGGUAAUCGGAAACUGAUAAUUUUGUGACAUGCUAUACAUUUCAAUGGAUAAUUUCAGCGCACAAUUUAUUACAUAUGAGCUGUAUUCGUCUUAUAAUCCAUCAUAAUUUAACAUUAGAAAAUACAU